AUGGGGAGCAUCAGCUGCUGCCUCCUGCUCGCCCUGGCCCUGCUCAGCCUCCGCGCCGCUGCUGCCAGGAAGUGUGACCUGCAGGGACUGUGGAGGAACGAGCUGGGCUCCAACAUGACCCUCUCGGCCCUGGACGCGGCCGGGACCUUCUCGGGUUCCUACCACACCGCCGUGGCGGCCACCAACAAGCAGAUCCUGGUGUCACCCCUGCAAGGGGCCCAGCAGCACCCCGGUGCCAAGGGGCAGCCCACCUUCGGCUUCACCGUGCAGUGGCAGUUCGCAGAUGCUACCACUGCCUUCGCGGGGCAAUGCUUCGUGGAUGUGGCCGGGAAGGAGACACUGACCACCAUGUGGCUGCUGCGUGAAGCCGUUGGGUCCCUCGAGGAGGACUGGAAAGCCACGAGGGUGGGCAGAAAUGUCUUCACACGCAAACGCACCCCAAAAGGAAAGAUCCUGCUGAGCUUGUCCCCAUCCUGUGAGGAUGCAUAUUCGCUUGCCCCAUGAUGGCAUGCUCCGGCUGCAGGCCGGCCCCCCCAAGGCAAGCAAAACCAGCCUCUCACAUAAAAAUAGAAUUUAAAAAUCA